AGCACAGUCUAGCAGUCCGAGAAAGACCUAGCUACUUUACUACUAUUCAGGAAACAGAAGUCAUUGUCCUCGGUAGACGUGUGUGCCUACUUUACUACUGCACGGGAAAACAGAAGGCGAAGGCAUGGCUGAAAAUCUGUCACCGCCAGGCAAUACAGAAUUCAGUGCCCUGUUUGACGAGGCCACAGUCAACCCCUCAGAUGACAGCAUGGAAUGCGACAAAAGCGCAGACGGGGACGACACUGUGGAAUACCAGUUUGAUAGUGACGCAACGUUUUGCUCUGAGGUGGAGUGGGGGGAAACCUUAGACUCUGAGUUAGAGAUUGGAGCACCACUCCGAUCGUCUACUCCAUACGCCCAUAGCCCCAACCCGACAGAUCUCAUGGAAUGGAACAGCAGUAGCGCGGACUUAUUCGCACCCUCCAUUACCUCCAGUCCGACUGAUGAUAGGGACAUGAGCGCGGACAUGUUUGGGUCAGCGUCAAGUUUCGAGGAGGCGUUGCCCGUAGCUACAGUGCCCGUGAACAUUGGCGAAGCGGAGGUACAUGAGCAAACAAACGUUCCUCAGGAAGAAGCGAUGGACCUCAGAACUAUGAUUCAGGAGACCCAGGACCUCUCACAGCCGCGCCAAGUUCCAGUCCCACAGCCUCUGAACCCAACCGCGAGACCAACGGAGCCUAUGAACGACUCCGUUUUGGAUCUUAGAACUGUUAUCCAGGAGACUCAGUUUGAAUGAAUGUACACUGUAAGUCCUUAUAUCAUUGUAUUAUUUU